GCGCGUGCUAGUCUACACAGUCAGAGCUCUGCAUCGCUGCACCAUCAUCGGUGCAUUUCGCAUUGUCUAAGGCCACAGCAGUAGUGCAUCUCGCGGUCCUGAACUGUGGUUGCAACAGCGGCGCUUGAUAUUGCUCACACAAGCUGUGCAGCAAAGGAGAGCAGUCAUCAAUAUAUCAGCAGUCGUUGAAAUUGCUCACACAGUCCUGCAGCAGGGAGAGCAGCACACUGAAAGUCAUCAAUCACAGUCGUACGCAUGUCAAUCUUACGCAUGGCAGCGCUGGCCAUGUCCACGACCGCUCUCAAGGCGCCGUCCGCCGCGAAGCUGGCUUCCCUGCUGCCGACGCGGCCGCAGCCGCCGGCGCCGUCGACGGCGCGCGAGCUCGACGGCGCGGCGCUCGUCGGCAUGACGCGCGUCGGCGAGGCGGUCGUCGCGCCGGACGGCAAGCGCGCGGUGCUGUCCACGAAAGAGUACGACUUCAAAGCGAAGAAGUUCGACGAGACGCUCUGGAUGGUCGACCUGGACAAGGCCGCGGCGCUCGGCGACGACGCGCUGCGGAAGCACGAGCACCUGACGCCGCUCGUCAGCGGCUCGGCGUCGGCGCCGUGCUGGUCGCCGUGCGGCGAGUGGAUCGCGUUCCUCAGCGACCGCGAAGACGGUAAAGACGACAAAAACAAGGCCAAGACCGCCGUCUGGCUGCUGCCCGCGUCGCGGCCCGGCGAGGCGACGCUCCUGAAGCGGUUUCCCGUCGACGUGUCGGACCUCGACUGGACGUCGGACGGCCUCGUGGUCGCGGCCCGGGUCUACGUCGACGGCGACGACGCCGGCAUGGCCGCGACGGCGGCGCGCGACGAGGAGAUCGAAAAAAGGGGCGGCGGCCUAGACGCGCACCUCUUCAAGCGGCUGCCCGUGCGCGAGUGGGACCGGUGGCUCGACGCCAAAUUCGCGCAUCCCUUCCUGCAGCGCGUCGAGCGGCGCGACGGGAGCUACGUGUGCGUCGGCGAUCCCGUCGACGGGCUGCACCGCAUCCCGACCAGCUGCCCGAGCGGCGCCUUCGGCGGCAAGGGCGACUGGGCCGUGCACGGCCGGGUCGCCUUCUCGUGCCGCCCGCCGCUCGCCGAGGACGAGGCCUGGACGACGAACCGGCACAUCUAUACGAAGGGCGGCUUCGAAGGCGAGGAGGCCACCUGCUUAACGGAAGAGAACCCGGGCUACGACUUCGCGCCGGUCUUCAGUCCCGACGGCUCGCAGCUGGCCUGGCUCACGAUGGCGGGAGGCAACUACGAGUCCGACGCCGUCGGCGUCCGGCUCCACGACGUCAAGGCGGGGACGACGACGGACCUGUUGGUCGCCGAGCAGGACUUCGCGUGGAGCCCGCAGUCGCUCGAGUGGGCCAAGGACGGCACAGCGAUAUACUUCCACGCCGACGUGAAAGCGAGGCGGCGGCUCUGCUCCAUUUCGCUGACGGGCGCCAUCACGAUUCUUGGCGACGACGACGCCGGCUCGACGACGUUGCAAGGAGAGAGCGCCCAGGGGCUGCUCGUGGCGCGCGACUCGCUCUCGCGACCGGCGGAGCUGGCGCUGCUCCGCGAGGACGGCGCGUCGGAGCGGCGCAUCACGUUCUUCAACGACGCCAAGCUCGCCGCCGUCGACCUCGGCGCGGUCGAGGACGUCAGCUACCGCACGGACCGUCCCGGUAGGGAGUCGCCCGACGGCGCGGACGUCCAGGCCUGGCUCAUCCGGCCGGCGAACUUCGACGAGGCGAAGAAAUACCCGCUCUGCGUCGUGGUCCACGGCGGCCCGCAGGGGUCGACGGGCGACGACUGGCACUACCGCUGGAACCUGCAGUGCCUCGCGUCGGCCGGCUUCGCGGUGCUCGCGCCCAAUUUUCGCGGAAGUACCGGCUUCGGCCACGCGUACUGCCGCGACGUCUCCGGCGACUGGGCCAUCGGGCCGGACGACUCCGUCGCGGGCGUCGAGCACGCGCUCGCCACGUACGCGUGGCUCGACCCGGCGAAGGUCGUGGGCCUCGGCGCGUCCUACGGCGGCUUCUCGAUGAACUAUCUCAACGGGAACGCGCCGAGGGACAUGUUUUGUGCAUUGGUGAACCACGACGGUUUGUUCGACAUGCGGUCGGGCUACUGGUCGACGGAGGAGCUCUUCUUCAUGGAGAAGGAGUUCGACGGGCCGCCCUGCGCCGCCGCGGCCUCGGACCCGUCUAGCCCCUACAACGUCGCGUCGCCUUCCCUGAAGGUCGCCGAGUGGCGGACGCCGACGCUCGUGAUCCAGGGCGACAAGGACUACCGCCUCGUGACGUCCGAGGCGAUAUCGACGUUCACGGCGCUGCAGCGCCAGGGAGUCGCGAGCGAGCUCCUCUUCUUCCCGGACGAGAACCACCACUGCCUCAACCCGCAGAACUCCCUCGUCUGGCACGACGCGGUCCUCGCGUGGUGCCGGCGGUGGACGUAAGUACACGCAU